UAUUUUUAUAAUUAUUGCUGUUUCAAAAAAUGAAUAUUGAAGAUAGUCCAUAUCAUCACAGGAAAUCAAUGAAUCAAUCAUAUCUAGAAUCGAUAAUUGAAAAACACUUUUACCCUUCAAACUAUAAUCGAAGUGAUAGUCAAGAUAUUGAUAUGCUACUGGAAUCUCCAUCAAAUUCUAGUCAAUUUUCAACAGUACAACGACAUCAGCAACAUUCUACUCCUCUGAUAUUAUCAGAAUAUCGAAAUUCUUAUGAAACGAUAGAAUCACUAACCCAACUGAAUGAUUAUUCUUUAAUGAAUCAACUAAAUCCAUCUGUCUGCUAU